AUGACUGAGAAUGGAGUGAAUGGCAGCCUGGAUCAGCACUGUGAAGCUCCUGACAAAGAGGAUGCAGUUGUUAAUGACAGCAACAGGCCACUCAAAGCCUCCUUAGUUGGUGUCAAACCCUGCAAAGAACAUGACACUAAGAUCACAGCUAAAAAUGGUGAGGGAGAUGUCAUUCCAUACAAACCUCGGCCACCUUUACUCCCCAGACAGUCAAAGUCCAUCAGAAGUGGCUCUGUUGAGGAGAUGGUGCGAAACAGGACACUGAGGAACAGCCAGGAGAGUUUGAGUGACCCGGUUGAGACUGGCUCCUCAACAGACUCACUUAAAGAAGAGCAAAUGGUCGCAGCUCGUGAUGGCAUCGUCGUCAGUAGUGCUGCUACCAUCACAAACCAGGACUCCAGUGUGAGACCGCUCUCUGCUGUUACAACAGGAUCUCCAGUCUUCCAGGAGAGAGGAAACAGUCUGUCUCAGUAUGAAAUGAGCCACAGUCAGCAUAACGACCCCAAAGACCUCGGGGUGAGGCCUGCCAAGUUGCGACUGUCCCCGGUGCAACCCUCAGGGCCACUGCCCACUCUGGAAAAGAACUUUGUAUCAGCCACUUUAAGGGCUGCUAAUAGGAUUGACAGGGAUUGUUUGGAUUAUGCUGUGCUGGCCAGAGAGAAGCUCGGGGAGAGACUGCACCGAAACCUGAGCGACAGCCGGCUUCUGGACAACAUGGGGUCAGAUAGUGCCUCUGUCAACUCCUUGAGGUCCACCUACAGUGUGCUUAGCCCCAUCAGACCUCAGGAUGUGAGGAACAGGAGCUUUCUGGAGGGCAGCGUGAUGGGAAGUGGUGCCCUGCUUGGAGCUGAGGAGCUUGACCGCUACUUCCCAGACAGGAGGUUGGGCAUCUACAUCACCACGUGGAACAUGCAGGGAGAAAAGGGGCUGCCACUCAACUUAGAUGACCUCCUCCUUCCAACAGACUCUGAUAUUGCACAAGACUUUUAUAUUAUUGGGGUUCAGGAGGGUUGUCCUGACAGGAGAGAGUGGGAGACACGUCUUCAGGAGACACUGGGACCUUAUUACGUUAUGCUGUAUGCUGCAUCACAUGGCGUUUUGUAUCUCACUGUAUUUGUCAGAAGAGACCUCAUCUGGUUCUGCUCAGAAGUGGAGCAUGCUACAGUCACAACCAGAAUCAUCUCUCAGAUCAAGACCAAAGGGGCCGUGGGAAUCGCCUUUACCUUUUUUGGCACUUCCUUCCUCUUCAUCACAUCCCAUUUUACCUCUGGAGAUGCCAAAGUUUACGAGAGAAUCCUUGAUUACAACAAAAUCAUUGAGGCUCUGGCUCUUCCAAAAGGCCUUCCGGACACCAACCCCUACCGCUCCACACCAUCUGACGUCACCACAAGAUUUGACCAGGUCUUCUGGUUUGGAGAUUUUAACUUCCGGCUGAGUAAGGACCGCAGUGACGUGGAGGCCAUCAUGAGUCACACAGAGGGUGGAGACAUGGGCUCACUGCUGGAGCAUGAUCAGCUCUCCAAGGAGAUGAAGGACGGCGCAGUCUUCAAAGGAUUCCAAGAGGCGUCGAUACAUUUCAACCCAACGUACAAAUUUGACAUCGGCUGCGACAUCUACGACACAACCUCCAAACAGAGGACACCUUCAUACACAGACAGGAUCCUGUUCAGGAACAGACAGGCCGAUGACAUUAAAGUGGUCAAGUACACCAGCUGCUCCAACAUCAAGACCUCAGACCAUCGGCCCGUCAUCGGUGUCUUCCAGGUCAAACUGCGGCCAGGCAGAGACAAUAUUCCUCUGGGUGCGGGACAGUUUGACCGAGGCGUGUACUUAGAGGGCAUCAGAAGAAGGAUCACCAGAGAGCUGAAGAGGAGGGAAGCCAUGAAGAACCACAGUAGCAGCACCGUCUGCUCCAUCUCUUAAAGUGAACUCUGAUCCAGAACAGACCAGACCAGACCAGGCUGGACUGGUUCACACUGUUCCACAAACAGGGAGGUGGAAAAAUGACCAAAAGGAAAACCAGCAGUGACUUCCCAGCACCCAUUGUUGGUUGUGAUGACUGAACUACGUUGUUCCCUGCUGGUCAAGCAGCUGACUGCACUUGAGGUCAGGGACCUUAAGGUCAGAGAGACACAGCAGCAGUCUGACCUUUCUAUAUUCAGCUGUCUGAAACAGACGGGGACAGAGUGAGGGGGCGGGGCUCGCUGUUGCGGCUUAAUCGUCAGUCACAUGAUGCAAUGUACACUGAUGUAACCCUGCAGGCUGAGUGUCUAUUUUAAUUUUGCUAUUAAUAUUAUAAUAUAUAGAUAUUGUAAUAGCAUCACAAAACACAGUGUUAGAUUAUUUAUUUCUGAAUGGUACAUCUUUGUUCAAAGGCCUUGUGAUUUGUUUUCAUUACAGAGCACAUCACAUGAAACGGCAGCAAACAUUUAGGUGCACUUUAGGUCAUUUAGGUCAUUUAAACUGUCCUUAAAGGAGACUUAGACAGAAAAGCAGUUUUCAGACAAGAACUAUGGAACACAAAAAUACCUGCUCUCAGUUUUGUGGACGUCCGUGUUGACAUAUGAAGACUGUCUCAGUCACACACUGUCCCAGACGAGGAGUGGUGCCUGGGUCAGGACGCUGACUCGCUGUGAGCUUUUCCAGAAAUGUUCCCACUGUAUUCCAACAUGGACGCACACUGGCACCUGCCUGUGAUGUGUCCAAAUGUGAUUCCCCAAAAGCCCAACCUGAAUCCAACACACUUAUACUUAUACUUAACUUAUACAGAUAAAUAAAAUGCAAGUUUCACUGGCUAAGUGAUGGAAACUCUCCAGAGAGAAUUUGUCUUGUCACUAGGCCCAUGAGACAGUAUGCACAUUUCAUAUUCUGAACAAGAAACUGCUUUAAAAGAAACAAGAACCAUAAAUCAGAUUAUUAUAAAUCAUUAAGUCCUUGAAUGACUAGAAAUCCGACAUAUUUGUUUAUUAUUUUCAAAGAAAUCAUAAUGUUGGCCAGUUAGACAGAAUUUUUAAGUCACUCCAUUCACAUUUGAAACUCACCAUGAUCAAUUUAUGAGUGGGGCUUUUUUUUUAUCAUAAUGGUUGAUUCACUCCAGAUUAUUUCUGGAAAAUGUUCACACUUUGCAUGUUUGGAAGCAGCUUCAGAUUGAGAAUCGAAGCAGGUGUUACAUAAAGUCAAAUUUCAGGGACAGUUUAUAUCGAGGAACUAAACUUUUCUGUCAUUAAAUGUCCUCUCAUUAGGCCAAGUGAUCCUCUGCAGCUAAUCUUAAUUUAUUGCCUUACCGCUCAUCUAUCCUGCUGCUGUGUAAACUCAUAAACAUUAGACUGUAUCCAUGUACUGUAUAUGUUACAUACCAUAUUAAUGAAGCUGCAUUUCCAGCAUCAAGAGCAGUAAUGCUCCACAUUAAGUGCCUGUGGGUCUUGUCAUUUCCUCAAGACCUUCUACCUUUAUUUUUUUAUGUUAACCUGUAAUCUUACAGCCUUUAAUAAACAUUUUUUGUCGAGAGAAUUUUUACUU